AUGGCCACACUUCAGCUCGCUGCAUGGACCACAAACCUGACUUAUGCUAAUCUCACGACUGGCGUAGUUGAUGCUGCCGUGAAAAGCCUUUACAACUGGGCUGGAUGUGCUAUUGGAGGCUAUAUACAAGAUGCGCCCCAAAUAGCGCAGAACACAACUCUUGCCGCAUUUAGCGGACCUCCAACGUCUAGCAUUUUGGGUGCUAACGGGUCUAUCAGCGUCGGGUAUGCAGAUGCUCAGACGGCGGCUCUGAUCAAUGGGAUUGCCUCGCAUGUCGAUGAUUAUGACGACACUCACCUCGAGACGAUCAUCCAUCCUGCUGGACCAGUUGCUAGCGCGCUCUUCGCCGUGGCGGAGUGGAAAGCCCCAGUCUCAGGGUAUGACUUCAUCACAGCAUUCGUCGCUGGUGUCGAAGCAGAAUGCAAGCUGGGUCUCUCCGUCUAUCCCGAGCAUUACGACGUGGGAUGGCACAUUACAAGCACAACCGGCUCGAUCGGCGCUGCAGUCGCAGUGAGCAAGCUGCUGGGAUCCGAUACCAUCACCAUUCAAAACGCCAUCGGCAUCGCGGCGACUCAAGUUGUCGGCAUGCAGGAAUACUUCGGCUCAGACACAAAGUCCUUUCACGUUGGCCGGGCCGCCCAAGGCGGCAUGCUCGCCGCCCUUCUCGCCAAGAACAACUACACCAGCUCACUGCAAGGCCUCGAGGCUAAGUUCGGCUGGCUGCAUGUCGUCAGCACACGUGCGAACGCAACGGCCUACUUCGACCAGCUCGGCGAGACGUGGGAGGUCCUCAAGAACACCUUCAAACCCUUCCCCUGCGGAAUUGUGAUGCACCCAUCUAUCGACGGCGCUAUCCAACUGCACAAUCAGGCGCUUGAGGAGGGCAAGUCCAUCGCUGAGAUAGAGUCUGUGCAGCUCCGCGUGAACCCGCAGGUACUCGUGCUUACAGGCAAGACGGAUCCGCAGACAGGUUUGGAAGGCAAGUUCAGCAUAUUCCAUGCCACUGCUAUCGGUCUGCUUUAUGGUGAAGCGACGCCGAAGCAAUUCACCGAUGAUGUGGUCAAGAACGCGACUGUGGUGAGCUUGCGAAAGAUGGUCAACGUCACGACCGACGCCGCUGUGGACAACGCGCAAGGGUAUGUGACGGUGAAUUUCAAGGAUGGCAGUAAGCUUGAAAGGCACAUCGUGCACGCUAUUGGAAGUCAAGAGAAUCCGCUCACCGUCGACGAUCUGAAGAAAAAGUUCAUGGACCAGGUGGCCGGUGCCAUUGGGAACGAAAGAGCUGUUCGGGCAUAUGACGCGUUCACCAACAUCGGCAAUUUGACUGAUGUCGGAAAGCUUCGAGGGAUGUACUGA